AUGAUGAUGCGAAGUGGCCAUUACUUGAAUAAUGAAGAUGACUUCUUUUAUGAUUCAAUAGUCAAAGGUUACUACAAUAACCAUAUGAAGACAGUUCUCACCAGAGUCAACUCCUUCACUGGGAUUGCGUACAAGGAUGAACCAGCCAUAUUUUCAUGGGAGCUCAUGAAUGAACCUCAAUGCCAAUCUGAUCUUUCUGGAAAAUCUAUUAAGAGUUGGGUCUCUGAAAUGGCAGCUUAUGUCAUGUCCAUCGAUAGAAAUCAUCUCCUGGAGGUUGGGUUGGAAGGAUAUUAUGGCAAAUCGACGCCGGAGAAACAAGUUGUGAAUCUUAGUUACGAAGUUGGAACUGGCUUCAUUGCCAAUAACAGUAUGUUAGCAUCCCACAUGUUGAUUUUACCACCAUUCAUAUCUUUCCCAAUCAAUGAUGAGACGACUGAAGCUCUGUUUGGGGAAAGAUGGAUCAAAUCUCAUAUGGAGGAUUCCGCAUCUGUGCUAGGAAAGCUGCUCAUGCUAACUGAAUUCGGCAAAUCGUCACGAUCACCAGGGUACCAAGUUGCCGUAAGUGAUGCAUACUUCUCGAAUAUAUAUGAUACCCUUUAUUCUUCUUGCGCGAGUUCCUCAGAUGGCGUAUGCGGAGCCGGAGGAGCUUGCUUUUGGCAGGUAAUGGCUCCAGGAAUGGAAGAUUGGGGCGACGGAUAUGAAGUUUUCUUAGAACAAAGCCCUUCCACCAUGGCCGUCGUCGUCAAACAAUCCCGCAGACUCUCUCUCUGA